UAGUGUUUGUGAAUCUGAAGCUCCCUCCCUGUCUGAUGCUGACCUCUUUCUCACAGUGACAGUUUCCUGCAGGCGGGUAGAGAGGGACCGGCCGCCCUUACAGCAAGAUGUGCGGAAGGGGAGCCAGAUUAUCAGAGUUUAGUUGAUCGGCGUGCUGUGGAUUUGGUCGGGAGAAAGCGUGGUGUUCAUGUCGCAGAAGUCUAGCGUGGAGAAAUGAGUGACAGGAUGGAGAGUUCGUCUGGACCAGAUGUCAGGACAAACGGACCCGCUGCGGCCAGCAUUCCGGUGAGCUCCACCAUAGACCCACCUCUGUCCCCAGUAGAGCUGGAUGAAGAGUCCCACUCGUCUCUGACAGAUGUGACCCAAAUGUGGAUGAAAUUUGGCAAGACGUUUGCUAUCAUCUUCCCGAUCUACGUCUUAGGAUACUUUGAGUUUAGCUUUAGUUGGGUUCUGAUUGGACUAGCGGUGUUGUUCUACUGGAGGAAAAACCAUGGCAGUAAGGACUACAGGAUAAACCGUGCCUUAUCAUUCCUGGAGCAUGAAGAAAAAUCAGUUAGGCAAAGUGUGCCUACUUCAGAGUUACCACCAUGGGUCCAUUAUCCAGAUGUGGAGAGAGUGGAGUGGCUGAAUAAGACGGUGAAGCAGAUGUGGCCGUUUAUCUGCCAGUUUGUGGACAAGCUGUUCCGAGAGACCAUCGAGCCGGCUGUGAAGGGUGCCAACCCUCACCUCAGCUCGUUCUGCUUCACCAAGAUUGACAUGGGCGACAAGCCGCUGAGAGUGAACGGGGUGAAGGUUUACACAGAGAAUGUGGACAAGAGGCAGGUCAUUAUGGACCUGGAGAUAAGUUUUGUCGGGAAUACAGAGAUCGAUGUGGACAUCAAGAAAUACUAUUGCAGAGCUGGAAUUAAAAGUAUACAGCUUCAUGGAACGAUGAGAGUGGUGAUGGAACCUCUGCUGGGGGACAUGCCUUUGAUCGGAGCACUGUCUGUCUUUUUCCUCAAGAAACCAUUGCUGGACAUCAAUUGGACGGGACUUACAAACAUGCUGGACAUUCCUGGUGUCAAUGGUUUGUGUGAUAACAUCAUCCAGGACAUCAUCUACAGCUUUGUGGUCCUACCCAACCGCAUCACCAUCCCUUUGGUUGGAGAGGCCGCGCUGGCCCAGCUACGCUUCCCUGUGCCCAAGGCCAUCCUGAGGAUCCACUUCAUCGAGGCUCAGGACCUGAUUGGUAAAGACAAGUUCCUAGGAGGGCUGAUCAAGGGCAAGUCAGACCCUUAUGGAGUCAUCCAGGUCGGGACCCAUCUCUUCAAGAGCAAAGUCAUCAACGAGACGGUCAACCCAAGGUGGAAUGAAGUGUACGAGGCCUUGAUGUACGAUCACUCAGGACAGAAUCUGGAUAUUGAGCUGUUUGAUGAAGACACUGAUAAAGAUGACUUUCUGGGAAGUGUGAUGAUCGACUUGGCCGAGAUCAAGAAGCAACAAAAAGUCGAUAUGUGGUGUGAUAUGGAAGAAGUGGCGACAGGGAAGCUGCACCUCAAACUGGAAUGGUUAUCUCUGCUGUCCACACCUGAGAAGCUGGAUCAGGCUCUGAUGAGCAUAAAAGCCGAUCGUGGUCAUGCCAACGACGGCCUGUCAUCUGCGGUGCUUGUUGUCUUCCUGGAUUCAGCCAGAAACCUGCCGAGCGUCUUCGAGGGGAACUUGGGCUCUGGCUACUUAAAAGAGAGGCGGGCGGCAGGCCUCGUGUUUUGUGAGAACACUGCCUCUCUCUAUAGGGCCUUAUUUCGCAAUCCGUUAGAGUUCAACCAAGCGGGGCUGAAGAAGGCCUCGGUCACAAAGGCCAUCAAGUCUGGUAAAAAACUGACCAGCGUUCCAAGUCCGUUUGUCCAGUUCACAGUGGGACACAAGUCGUAUGAGAGCAAGACUAGAUAUAAAACCAAUGAACCUGUGUGGGAGGAAGCAUUUACAUUCCUCAUCCACAACCCCAAAUGCCAAGAAUUGGAGGUUGAGGUGAAGGAUGAAAAGCACGAGUGUUCGUUGGGGACGUUAUCACUGCCUUUGAGUCGUCUGCUGGAGGCAAAAGACAUGACGUUGACCCAGCGCUUCCCUCUAAAGAACUCCGGACCGAGCUGCACUUUAAAAAUGAAGAUGGCUCUGCGGGUGUUGUGCUUGGAUAAGAACACUCCCUCAUCCUCAGACUCCACCCCAUCCUCUGUACAGGUCCCCAAGAACAGCUCCUCCAACCAAACCCCACGGCCUUCCAUCUCUUCUGACCCUAUACCUUCCUCCUCCACAUCCGCCAUCCCCUCAGUGUCGGCCCAGGACCUGCUUAACCGGCGGAGGGAGGCCGACGAUCCCUUUAGGUCUCCUGGAAGCACAGACUUGGGGCAGGGUGGAGGAAGAGGAGGAGGUCGGGGUCUGGCAGAGACCGGAAGAAGCACCUCCAACCUUGCUAUCUCUGGGUCUCAACAGUACCUGGUUGGAGGCAAAGAGCCAACGCCCAGCAUCGCCUCGGACAUCUCCAACCCCUUUGCUGCUCAGGAGCUGCAGCAGAGACUGCAGCAGCUGCAAAAUGGUUCAGGCCUGAGUCAUUCCCAGCUGGGUGAGAUCCAGCUGACAGUCCGACACAGCUCCCAGAGGAACAAACUCAUCGUGGUCGUUCACGGCUGCAGAAACCUGAUAGCGUUUACUGAUCACGGCUCAGAUCCUUACGUCCGCCUCUACCUGCUUCCUGACAAACGGCGGUCAGGCAGAAGGAAAACUCACACCUCGAAGAAAACCCUCAACCCAGUAUACGAUCAGACGUUUGAUUUCAGUGUCUCCCUCGUGGAGAUCCACAGGCGGACUCUUGAUGUCGCAGUGAAGAAUGGUGGAGGUCUUCUCUCCAAACACAAAGGCCUUCUGGGAAAGGUUCUGGUGGAUUUGAGCCAUGAGGACAUCGCUAAGGGUUGGACACAAUGGUAUGAGCUGAGUGAAGAUGGCCUGAUGAAGCCUCAACAACUAUAGACGGCAGUAUCAUCAUAAUCAUCAUUAUUAUUACUACCAUCACAUUGCCACAUUUAAGUUUACAGUAUGGCUUUUAUGUUUUCAUUAUUCUAUGUGUACAAAAAGAAGUAGAACAGCAGCUUUUGACAUUCAUGUAAUCACAUCAGUCGCAAGGCAAACCUACCCUUUAAGAAGUUAAAGGCUGAUAGAUUAAAGGGAGUUUAGGACAUGUAAAAUACUGUGUAAGUCUAUAUUUCAUAUUAACAGGAGAAAGUAUAGCAGCUGUAGAGGAAGACAAUCAUUUUUUUGCUGUUGUAUCAGUUUCCUGCCUGAAG